UUUCAGUAGAAAGAAACCACUGAAAUUGUUUGCUUUCUAAUAAUUGUUCAAUUCCAUAACUGAUCAUUUUGUAAAUGAAUUGUCUCCGUCAGUCAUGUUUUAAAUGCUUGUUGAAAACCCCCUAAAUAAUUGACAAAGUAAUAUUGUUGUAAGAGGUGAGACGAGAACAGCAUUUGGUAAAUCAUAUGCACAAUAAUUUCGAUUCGCGUGGUAUAGCCCUAGCCCCAGCAGUAUGUCUUGUCUCAGGCAGCAAGUAGAUGGCGUCUGACUACAACACAACCAAUACAGUGAUAGCUGAGUCACACAACUAGGUCCUACUGUGGCAACAGUAGCCUACAGAAACUGGUGUGAAUACUGGUGUAGAGCCCUUUAGCGUCUGGCAAUUAUCGGAAAUCGUCUUGAAGAUGCUGUCGAUAACGUUGAAGACUCUUCAGCAGCAAACGUUUAAAAUAGAAAUAGACCCAGAACUAACGGUAAAAGCCCUGAAGGAGAAGAUUGAGACUGUGAAAGGGAAGGAUGGCUAUCCAGCCGCGGGGCAAAAAUUAAUCUACGCAGGCAAAAUCUUGAAUGAUGACAUACCUCUAAAAGACUACAGAAUUGAUGAGAACAACUUUCUGGUGGUCAUGGUUACAAAGCCCAAACCUCCAGCUACUCCUCAGGCAGCCCCAGCCCCAGCCUCUACCCCUGCUCCUGCCCCUGCACCUCCUGCUGUUUCUGGGCUGUCCCUCUCUGACAUUGCCCGACCUACCUCAUCCCCUGCCCCGAUGGAGAUCUCCACCCUGUCCCCUACAUCUGCCCCUGCCUCAAACCUCACACAAGCAGUGGAGUCCUUCACACCCCCUGCACCAGCCCCUGCUUCUAUUCCCCCUGCAGUCCUGGGGACCAGUACAGCCCCAGCUGCAGCAGCAUCCUCCCUUUCAGAGGACAAGCCUGAGGGGGAGCACCCUGAACAGCCCUUUGCUACACCACCAGCCCUCUCCUCCUCCAGCCUUGUUGAUGACUUAAGUCUCCUGGAAGAAGCAGCAUCAAUACUGGUGACAGGACAGGCAUAUGAGAAUCUAGUGUCUGAAAUCAUGUCUAUGGGAUAUGAAAGGGAGCAGGUUAUUGCAGCGCUGCGAGCCAGUUACAACAACCCAGACAGAGCCGUGGAGUACCUGCUAAUGGGGAUUCCGGCCGAGGCUGACCUUCUGUCACCAGAGGCGUUCCUACCCACAGCUCUGGCCAACCUCAACCCCACUGCCCCAACUCCUGCCCCAGCCCCUGCCCCAGCUCCUGCCCCAGCUCCUGCUCCAGCCCCUGCUCCAGCCACAGAUAGAGCCCAGCCCCCACCAGCAGCUACGACAGGCUCAGUGUCUUCAACCCAGCAGCCCCCCUCGUCUGGUGGGCUGACUGGUGGGCUUACUGGUGAAGGUACUGGGGGUGAGAACCCCCUGGAGUUUUUGAGGAACCAGCCACAGUUCCAGCAGAUGAGACAGGUCAUCCAGCAGAACCCAGCUCUCCUUCCUGACCUGCUCCAGCAGCUAGGCAGAGACAACCCCCAGCUGCUGCAGCAAAUUACCCAGCACCAGGAGCGCUUUGUGCAGAUGCUGAACGAGCCCCAAGGAGGAGAGAUGGUAGAGGAGGGAGUUGAGGCCCAGGGGGCGCCACAUACUAACUACAUCCAGGUCACCCCACAAGAGAAGGAGGCCAUCGAGAGGUUAAAAGCCUUGGGAUUUCCAGAGGGACUUGUCAUUCAAGCAUAUUUCGCAUGUGAGAAGAAUGAGAAUUUAGCUGCUAAUUUCCUGCUCCAACAAACAUUUGAUGACGAGUGAAUGUGCAUGCGUCAGCAUGAAGGGGAAGAAUGGAGGGCUAGAGAACGAGUGAUAGUGCUACAAAAUGUGUUUUGGAAGGAAGGAAUGGAAAAGGUUACCAAAAGUGACUUGUCAUUGGACAAAGACGUGAUGUUUAGUUACUGUAAGCUAUGCCUUCUCCAUUCUCUCUGAGUAUGUUAGCUCUCUCUUGCUCACUGCUGCUAUUACUGCUGCUAUCACUGCUGCUAUUACUGCUGCUAUCACUGCGAUCAUUGCUGCUAUUACUGCUGCUAUUACUGAUGCUAUCACUGCGAUCAUUUCUGCUAUUACUGCUGCUAUCACUGCUGCUGUUACUGCUGCUAUCACUGCUGCUAUUACUGCUGCUAUCACUGCUGCUAUCACUGCUGCUAUUACUGCU